UAAGAAGGCGCUGCGGAGAGGAUUGCAGCAGCCGCAGCUCCGCGCCGAGCCCCGCCGCACCGAGCCGCCGGGACAGCCCGGACCCCCAGCAGCAGCAUGCGUGAGUGCAUCUCCGUCCACGUCGGCCAGGCUGGCGUCCAGAUGGGCAACACAUGCUGGGAGCUGUACUGCCUGGAGCACGGCAUCCAGCCUGACGGGCAGAUGCCCAGCGACAAAACCAUUGGCGGAGGGGACGACUCCUUCACCACCUUCUUCUGCGAGACUGGGGCUGGGAAGCAUGUCCCGCGGGCCAUCUUCGUGGACCUGGAGCCCACCGUGAUUGAUGAAGUUCGGGCUGGGAUAUACCGACAGCUCUUCCACCCAGAGCAGCUGAUCACUGGCAAGGAGGAUGCUGCCAACAACUAUGCCCGUGGGCACUACACUAUCGGCAAAGAAAUCAUUGACCAAGUGCUGGACAGGAUCCGAAAGCUGGCUGACCAGUGCACAGGCCUCCAGGGAUUCCUCGUGUUUCACAGCUUUGGAGGUGGCACUGGCUCCGGAUUCACCUCCCUGUUGAUGGAGCGACUCUCUGUUGACUAUGGCAAGAAGUCCAAGCUGGAAUUCUCCAUCUACCCUGCACCACAGGUCUCUACUGCUGUGGUGGAGCCCUACAACUCUAUCCUCACCACACACACCACCCUGGAGCACUCAGACUGUGCCUUUAUGGUGGACAAUGAGGCCAUCUACGACAUCUGCCGCAGGAACCUGGACAUCGAGCGCCCAACCUACACCAACUUGAACAGACUCAUCAGCCAGAUCGUCUCAUCCAUCACAGCAUCGCUGCGGUUUGAUGGAGCCCUGAAUGUCGACCUGACCGAGUUCCAGACCAACCUGGUGCCCUACCCUCGCAUCCACUUCCCCCUGGCCACCUAUGCCCCUGUCAUCUCUGCAGAGAAGGCGUACCACGAGCAGCUCUCAGUGGCUGAGAUCACCAACUCCUGCUUUGAGCCAUCCAACCAGAUGGUGAAGUGCGACCCUCGCCACGGCAAGUACAUGGCCUGCUGCCUGCUGUACCGCGGGGACGUGGUGCCCAAGGACGUCAACGCCGCCAUCGCCACCAUCAAGACCAAGCGCAGCAUCCAGUUUGUGGACUGGUGCCCCACAGGCUUCAAGGUGGGCAUCAACUACCAGCCUCCCACCGUGGUGCCGGGGGGGGACCUGGCCAAGGUGCAGCGCGCCGUCUGCAUGCUGAGCAACACCACGGCCAUUGCCGAGGCCUGGGCUCGCCUGGAUCACAAGUUUGACCUGAUGUACGCCAAGCGAGCCUUCGUGCACUGGUACGUGGGGGAGGGCAUGGAGGAAGGGGAGUUCUCUGAGGCGCGGGAAGACAUGGCCGCUCUGGAGAAGGAUUACGAGGAGGUGGGCCUGGACUCCUACGAGGAUGAAGAGGAGGGCGAGGAGUAGAGAAGCCCCUACCAACAAGGACCAUGCGCUCCUUCCCUGUGUUACCUGCAGAAACCCUUUGCAAUAAACCGUUUCAGAGCCUCUGUGUCUCCCACUAACCCCCCAGCUGUCUCGGUUUCUUGCCAGGUCAGGUGUGUGGUGAGUGCUUCAGCUCUGCUGCUGGUGCUGCUAUGCUUCCUCCCAACACUCUGCUCAGCUCCAGUUUGCUCCCUGUGCAGGUAAGAGCCCCUGGGUCCACUCUGGGGGCCAUGGCACACAUCCCACCCCACUCACUGGUCCAGCUGGUGGUGGAUAUUGCUUCCUUGUGUGGUAUAUGCCCUGUGGUAUAUGGCCCCAUGUUGUAUCCUGGAGCUCAGGGGAGCAGGUUUAGCCUGAGCAGUAAAAGAUUGGUGGCUGCUGAGACUUCUCCCUGUGUGCAGCCUGAGGGUAGGAGGGCUUAUCCAGGAUAGUGGUUGAAGCAGUGGGAGCAGCCUGGCACCCCUGUCCCUGUGGCCAUAGUGCAGGACGAGGGAUGGGCCCAGCUCUGCGGUGCAGCGGGUGCACCCCACAAGAGCAUCCAGCAUGGCAUAAACCCCGUGGCUGCUUUACUGCUGUGUUGUGUUGAGAGGAUUAAAUGUGGGGAACGCUCCCUGUGAAA